CAUUUGCUCUGACAAGAAGCCUAUAAUUAUUUAAUUCACAGUCUCAAUACUUAUUGCGACAAUUAAAGCCGGAAUCUAAACUUUCUAUUGAAAAUGUCUGAAAUAAUCGUUCGAAGAGCUAGGCGUGAAGACUGUAAAGCCAUUGAAAAACUCUCGAAGGAAUUGGCAAUCUACGAAAAGAUGAUAAAUAGACCACAAAUUGAUCAUAAGAUCUUAGAAAGAGAUGGCUUCGAUGGGCAACCAUUAUAUUUAUGCAAUGUGGCAACAUAUGACGAAAAGAUUAUUGGAUAUACGCUCUUUUAUUACAUUUAUUCCACAUGGUGUGGAAAGGGUAUGUGCCUAGAAGAUAUUUAUGUAAUGCCGGAUUUUCGAGGAAAAAAUGUUGGCAAUAAACUUCUAAAAACCGUCGCAAAGGAAGCAAUUGAAAACGACUGUAACAAACUAGACUUUGUCGUUCUCGAAUGGAACCCAGCACAAGAGUUUUAUAAAAAGUAUGGUGCUAAUGAUCUAACAUUAAAAGAACAAUGGCAUCGUUACCGUUUUUCUAAAGAAGAUUUGAAAAAAUUAGCGCUUGAUUAAUUGUAAAUAUCAUAAAUUUAUUCUAAUUAAAUGA